AUGACGAAAAGGAGCCCAACGGCGAACAAGAGCGCAAUGAAAGCUGAAAGCCCUGAUGGGAGCGACGAACAUAUGUGCGAGCACGAGGAGACGAGUGAGUGGGAUAGUGAUGAGGAAAGUGACAAGGAGAGUGAAGAGCAUGUAGAACAGCGACGCAAACGACGCGAAGAGCGGCGCAGACUAAACGAAGAGAGGCAGAGGAAGAUUUAUGAGGCUGAAGAGGCCCGGAUGGUAUACGAAUGGAAUGUCUAUCAGUCAGUGACACUGCACAAAGAACGACAUAGGUCCUACCGUUUCAAACCCCUGGAGGAUAAUCACGAUUUUGAGAUUAUACGCACAGGCCACAGAAAUAAUCCUCUCCAAUGCCGUCAGUGGGCUGUGGCGUUGAUCGACAUGUCUGAUGAGGACCGACCAUCCAUCACCGAGCUAGUAGUGCUCGCCAAUCGAAUGUUGAAAGCAAUGAAUUUGCAGAAAAAUACGUCUCAGCACAUCGCAGAACGACAACAACCAACAACAAUUGUCACGUUUGAUAAGUACCCUCGUGCCCGUGUGCUAUCUGGGUACUAUGAUGGUGGAUUGAAAGUCCAUUUCACAGAGACUUUGGAUUUUUAUCCGUGCACGAGAUAUGAAAUUAAGGGAUCAUUUGACGAACGGGAAUGGGUUAGUGAUGUUGAGUAUGGCGAUAUGAUGAGGCGUUUGGCUGCUUGGACAUGGCCUAUAGCACAGAUGAACACCGCUCAAACUUACACACUGCCCAUUAUAUCGAGGGACAUGGGAAAUGGGGGCCAUGAGCUAUGA